AUGCCGCCGCGGCGCAGCAUCGUGGAGGUGAAGGUGCUGGACGUGCAGAAGCGGCGGGUUCCCAACAAGCAUUAUGUCUACAUCAUCCGAGUCACAUGGUCCAGCGGCUCCACUGAGGCCAUUUACCGGCGCUACAGCAAGUUCUUUGACCUCCAGAUGCAAAUGUUGGACAAAUUUCCUAUGGAAGGAGGACAGAAGGACCCCAAACAGCGGAUCAUUCCCUUCCUACCAGGCAAAAUUCUCUUCCGGAGAAGUCAUAUCCGGGACGUGGCAGUCAAACGCCUGAUACCAAUUGAUGAGUACUGUAAGGCCCUGAUCCAGCUGCCCCCCUAUAUCUCUCAGUGUGAUGAGGUGCUUCAGUUCUUUGAGACAAGACCCGAGGACUUGAAUCCCCCUAAAGAAGAGCACAUUGGAAAAAAGAAGUCAGGGAGUGACCUGGCCUCAGUGGACCCCUUGGUCUUGGAGCAGUAUGUGGUUGUGGCAAACUACCAGAAGCAGGAGAGCUCGGAGAUCAGCCUGAGCGUGGGGCAGGUGGUGGACAUCAUCGAGAAGAAUGAGUCAGGUUGGUGGUUCGUCAGCACCGCAGAGGAGCAAGGCUGGGUCCCUGCGACCUGUCUUGAAGGGCAGGAUGGUGUGCAGGAUGAGUUUUCCCUACAGCCUGAAGAAGAAGAGAAGUACACGGUCAUCUACCCAUACACAGCCCGUGACCAGGAUGAAAUUAACCUGGAAAGAGGGGCCAUGGUGGAGGUUAUCCAGAAAAACCUGGAAGGCUGGUGGAAGAUCAGGUACCAGGGUAAAGAGGGCUGGGCCCCCGCCUCCUACCUAAAGAAGAGCAGUGGUGAGCCCUUGCCCCCAAAACUGGGCCCCGGCUACGCAGCCCACUCAAAUGUCCCUGACCCGGACGGCAUUUCCCGGCAGCUGAACGCGGUGGGCCGGGAGAAGGAGCUGCUCAACAACCAGAGGGAUGGCCGGUUCGAGGGCCGCUUGGCACCUGAAGGCGACAUGAAGCAGAGGUCACCAAAGAUGAGGCAGAGACCCCCUCCUCGCCGGGACAUGACCAUACCUCGAGGUCUGAACCUGCCGAAACCUCCCAUCCCACCCCAAGUGGAGGAAGAAUAUUACACCAUUGCCGAAUUCCAGACAACCAUCCCCGACGGCAUCAGCUUCCAGGCCGGCCUGAAGGUCGAGGUGAUUGAGAAGAAUUUGAGUGGCUGGUGGUACAUUCAGAUUGAAGAUAAGGAAGGAUGGGCCCCAGCCACCUUCAUUGACAAAUACAAGAAAACCAGCAAUGCAUCAAGACCCAACUUCCUGGCUCCUCUGCCCAAUGAGGUGACCCAGCUGCGGCUUGGGGACACAGCAGCAGUGGAGAACAGCUCAGGUGGGGAAGCGCCCGGCCCCUGCAGGCCCCUGCCUGAUACACCUCAUGGUAGUGUGGACUCUGGGGUGCCAUGGUCCAAAGACUGGAAGAGCGGCAAAGAGGGCCUGAAGAAGGUGUCUGCAGACCUGGUUGUGUCGACAGGCUAUGAAGAGAUCUCAGACCCUGACCUAGAGGAGAAGCCCAGCCUGCCCCCCCGGAAGGAGUCCAUCAUCAAGUCCGAAGGGGAGCUGCAGGAGAGGGAGCGGCAGAGGCUGGAGCAGCUCCGGGGCUCUUCACCCAAGCCUCCUGGCAUGAUCUUGCCAAUGAUCCCAGCCAAGCAUGGCUCCCCAGCCCGGGACAGCAGGAGGCCAGAGCCCAAACCUGACAAAAGCAAAUUGUUCCAGCUGAAAAAUGAGAUGGGGCUAGAGUGUGGCCACAAGGUAUUGGCCAAGGAAGUGAAGAAGCCCAACCUCCGGCCUAUCUCCAAGACCAAAGCUGAUCCACCAGAGGAGAAGCCAGAAGCUGUUUCCCAGAACCCCUUUUUGAAGUCCAAACCUCAGGUUAGGCCCAAGCCAGCGCCUUCCCUCAAGACAGAGCCACCUCAGGGCGAAGACCAAGUGGACAUCUGUAACCUCAGGAGUAAGCUUAGGCCUGCCAGGUCCCAAGAUAGAGCAUCAUUGGAUGGGGAGAGUCACCAGGCUGUGGGGGCCCCCGACCUGGCUUUUAGCCGCAGCUUCCUCCCAGGGGAGGGGCCUGGCCGCACGCAGGAGAGGACAAGCAGACAGGACGGGCUUGGCCCAAAGGAGAUGGCCUCCAGGGCCCCACCCCGGCCAGCCAAGACGGCAGAGCCUGUGUCUAAGAGCGUCCCUGUCCCUUUCCAGGAAGCCCCCCAGCAGAGGCCUGUUGUCCCACCCCGAAGACCACCACCACCUAAGAAAGCCUCCUCGUCAUCCCGGCCCCUCCCAGAGGUGAGAGGACCACAGCGUGAAGCCAGUGAAGGCAAAGCAGCUCCUGCCCCCAGCCGGGCCCUGCUCAUCCCUCCCAAAGCGAGGCCUUUUCUCACCAACUCCUCAGGAGGCCAAGACGACAUGAGAGGCAAAGGCAUGCUGGGGCCCCGGAUGGCAGGCCGGAUUGGAGAAAGCAGAGAGAAAGUGGCACCCUUCCCCAGCCCCGACAGCCUGAAGGACUCUUUGUAUGUGGCCGUGGCUAAUUUUGAUGGCGAUGAAGACACCAGCAGCUUCCAGGAGGGGACCGUGUUUGAAGUCCGAGAAAAGAACAGCAGUGGCUGGUGGUUCUGCCAGGUCCUGAGCGGGGCCCCUUCCUGGGAAGGGUGGAUUCCUUCCAACUAUCUGAGAAAGAAGCUGUAGC